AUUCAUCGAGAAAAAUUGAGUGUUAACUUGUGAGCAUUUCAUAAAAAUGGCCUACUCUAAAGCUUUUCUCCUUCUAGGGCUUUUUUCUUUUGUUGUCUUGAUUUCCUCUAUGGUCUCAGCUCAUCAACUAACAGAGUCUACCUCUACUACUGAAACGACUCAAUUCGCAAAGGAGUUAGGUGGACACAGUCAUGGCGAUUACGGAAAAGGACCAGCUGCUUAUGGACACGGGGGCUAUGGCCAUGGUGACUACGGACAUGGUGUCCACUACGGGCACUACCUACCAAAAGAAGUGAUGGCUGUAAAGGAGGAUGUAAAGCCAGAGGCUUAUGGCCAUGAUGGUGGUUAUGGCCAAGGUGGAUAUGGUCAUGGAGAAUACGGUCAAGGUGGAUACGGUGGUUCGAGCGGUGGGUAUGGUGGCUCAGGUGGUGAAUAUGGUCAUGGUGGGUAUGGUGGUUCUAUGGGCGAAUAUGGUCAUGGUGGAUAUGGUGGUUCUAAGGGUGGAUAUUAUUAUGGUGGGUAUGGUGGUUCUAGCGGUGAAUACGGAGACGGCGGAUAUGGUCAAGGUGGGUAUGAUGGUUCUACGGGUGGAUAUGGAGAUGGCGGGUAUGGUGGUCACUACACACCAAAAGAAAAAAUCAACAACUAAAAUAGUGAUGAAGCUAUCUAGUUUGCGUUGUGAUUGACAUGCAUGCAUGCAUAAAAUGCAAUUAAGCUUCUUUAAAUUUAUGUAACGUUAAUAAGCAUGUCGUCUAUAUAUAUAUGUACCCUCCUUUGUUAAGUACUAUAAAGUCUAACAGUUGUUUAAUA